GACGGAUGAAAUCGGCCCUGUAAUAUCAAGUAGAUAGUGAUAUUGUCAACCAAAGACUGAAGUUGUUCUGAAUUAAGACAGUAGUGAAAAUAAAAAAUGGCUGCGGCGAUAUUAUCGCGCGUGGAUCAAAGCCAUAACAUUGACAAACUAGUUCGCGUUGGUCCAUAUGAGCUGCUUAAGACGAUUGGAAAAGGAAAUUUCGCUGUUGUGAAAUUAGCAGUUCACAAUAUCACAAAAUCACAGGUGGCAAUAAAAAUUGUGGACAAAACUAAACUUGAUGAUGAUAACUUAAGGAAAACCUAUCGAGAAGUGGAUGUCAUGAAGAAGUUAAAGCAUCCAAACAUUAUCAAACUUUACCAAGUCAUGCAAACAGAUAAAAUGCUUUAUCUUGUGACAGAAUAUGUUCCAGGGGGUGAAAUAUUUGACUAUCUAGUUGCCAAUGGACGGAUGACAGAAAAAGAAGCUAGGAGAGUUUUCAAACAGAUACUGGCAGCAGUUGGUUACUGUCACAAAUGCUGUGUUGUUCACAGAGAUCUAAAAGCUGAAAAUCUUUUACUUGAUGCAAAAAUGAACAUUAAGCUUGCAGAUUUUGGCUUCAGCAACUAUUAUCAACCUGGUCAGUUACUCUCAACAUGGUGUGGUAGCCCUCCCUAUGCAGCUCCUGAACUGUUUGAAGGGAAAGAAUAUGAUGGGCCAAAGGCUGAUAUAUGGAGUCUGGGCGUAGUUCUGUAUGUACUAGUGUGCGGUGCUUUACCGUUUGAUGGUUCCACUCUUCAGCUCCUUCGCAGCCGCGUGCUGUCCGGGAUAUUCCGUAUCCCAUAUUUCAUGACGACAGAUUGUGAACACUUAAUACGACACAUGCUAAUAGUAGAUCCCGAUCGACGGCUGAGUAUUCCGCAAAUUCUUCAACAUCGAUGGCUCAUAAUGGAUGAUGAUGGGCGAGCUGGACCCGACAAGUCUUCUGAAGUGAAUGGUGACCUUCCGGCAGACGAUCAUAUAUUAGUCAAUGAAUCGAUCGUCGACACAAUGCUGAAAAUACCGGGUUUAGAUAGGGAAAUCAUUCUAAAAUCUGUGCAGGAAAGACGCUUCGACCCGAUCAGUGCAGUGUAUCAUUUAUUAGAUGAUACGUCAGUAGCAAAAUCGAACAGUUCUUCGAAUAUUACAAAUGAUUUUACUCACACCGCUACCCCAGCAGCAGGUUGGCCAAGCUUGAGCGAUAGCCAGCAUUUAGAAAAAUUUGUAGAUAUGGAUUUAGAUGAACCUAAACAACCAAGGGCAUCCACGAGCGGAAACGAUGGGCCAAGCAAGCAAAGUGGCGAAAGAAAUUUGGCUACUCGACGGCAUACGGUUGGACCAAGUGAAACAGCUCACGAUCAAGUGAUGGGAAAACAUUUGAAACUCGAUCAUUCUGGUGCGAGAGGAGCUCCUUCCUUCUAUCCGGCUACGGGUUUCACCGCCCUUGGUUACAGUCCUCUAAAUCUGCCGUCGCACGUGGCUUUUAAUCCAAACACAGGGCUGAAUAACAUUUUUGAUACACGGCCAGGAUUUUUACCAAAUUUUGAGUUAAACAUGCGCUCACCGGCCACAGUUCCAUCAACGUUGAAUACGCAGUUCCCCACUCUCUCUGGUGUCCAAAACUCAUCUGGUAUGCAUCAUGGAGCUUCGUUUGCGUCACCUUCCCAUCCUAUGUCAAUGUUGCCGCACACUAAUCUCCCGCUGAUGCUGCCGUUACUGCAGAAUGAACCCCCGCACAAUUUUAGCGUCAAGGAUCAACAUUUACUAAAACCCCCAUCAGCAAUGGGAGCAGCAGGAGGGUUCGGUCGUCGGGCAUCGGAUGGCGGUGCCAAUCUGUUAACUUUCUUUCAAAAGAAUAUAGAACACAGUGACUGGAGUACUGUGCAGCAACAAAAGCAGCAGUCCAUCCAUAUGGACUCUGUGCAUCACCUUUCGAAUCCAUUGGCGAUUAAUACCUCAUCCACCCCAUCUCAUGUUUCCCCAGGAAGUCAAACUGCAGAGUCAUUGGAAGAUUCCUCCAACUCGGUUGAGCUAACAAGGUAUAUACAUAGGGGAAAGCGGCAUACAUUGCCCAUGGCUAAUCCAGAGGAAACUCAAUGUCUUCAACAGCCGGCCUCUACCAGAAUGCGUAAACAGGGUUUAGUUCCCAUGCAUCGACCGUCAGUGAUCAGUCCCGAGCUAAUGAUUGAAGUGGAAGCUCGAAUGAACCGUCAGUACACGCCACCUAGUCUCCUUCCAGGCAAUCCCGCCCCUUCUACAAGCAUGAGCAUGAAUAACUGUGUAGGUGUGCCUCCAAAUACUCAAGCUCGUCCUAUUCCCAAGAUUCGACGCUCAGGCUUGGCAACUGUCAUGGAAGGGCCCGGUCCCAUAUUCAUAGGACGUGAUGGUUUGGUACGCGGCGAUAUGAACGUACUGACACUACCAUCAGAACGUUACCCACGGCGGGCUAGUGACGGAUGCGCAUCAAUUGGCCAAUACCGAAUGUCAGAGAGAGAGGGUGAAGAUUCUAAUAGCACAACCGGCAAUGUUUCCUCGGCUUCUCAGCUCAAAGCUAUACAACAAGAAUACCAAGCAUUACAACGCCAAAUGGUAAGCACCAAUAGCAACGACAUGCAGAUGCGACAUGCCAUUCACGUACAGCAGAGGCAACAACAACAGCAACAGCAGCAAAUGUCUCCUCGAAUGACCCCGACGCCCCCACCUACGUCGACGUCACCAGUUGCAUCAGAUUUUUGUGCCAUCAAUUCGCCCCAUUACCUGAACCACAUGUGUUGCGAAAGUGGGACUCUUUCUCAGCAUCUCCAGCAGUUACAACUUCAACAACAACAGCAAAAACAAAUCCCUCCACCUGCACAGUCCACGCUAUUGCAAUCCUACAGCCAGUCUCCGCCUGUUACUGGUGUGCCUGGUUGCUGUGGCUCCAAUGUUGGUGGGUCAAUAGUGCAAGGUACGGGCCGCCCAAUGGGUUCCAUUGUUCAAGGAACGCCAAUUGUAUCUCAAGGAUCUCUUGUGUCAGCAACGCCUUCGCUUGGAUUCUUCAACAUAGAAAACGCUCAGAAUUCGGUCAUAAUGCCACGAGUUCAAGGAGGUUCUAUUAUCCAAGGAACUCCAUAUACUCUUCCGACAGUGCCAAAUAAACUGGACGUCUUCGCUAAUCAGGCUCCGACGUUGAUGCCAAUUUCAACAUUUGCAGGAGGAUCUAUAACGCAAGGAACACCGGUGAACCGCAUGGUUGAAGUGGAGGAUAUGGAAGCAGAUGCGACUGAAGACGAUACUAAUCCAGCGGAAGAGGCUUUAGACUUGAGUGUUAGAAAUUUUAAAAAUCGGACGAAGAACGAAUGGACGUGCCAACGAGAGGUUGAAAGAAAACCAAUGUUUACCGGUCCACCUCACCCUCAGAUCUCCAUUACGGACGAGCAGGGUGAAGUGACUGACAUGUCAUGGAGUGUGUAUGCCCAUUUAAGCGGCAAAAACGGUACCUGUCGUCAGGUGGGCUUACAGAAUCUUCAGAACGACGUGCUUUCCUCGUCUUUGUUGGCUGGUGAUAUAAGUUCUAUGGCAGCCUAUCCCGAGUUGCAUAAAUCUUCCAGUGGAUCUAUCGAAGUACAGCUUUCAUCCGACUGUUCGCAGUUGACUGUUGCAGAAAUUUUUGCCUUGAUCAAACGCUCGAUUCACACCAAGGCUUCGGGACUGGUGUCGCGUCAGAUGGAAGAUGAUGCUGCACUCGUGCUCGAACGACCCGGAGAAGAUAUUUAUAUUGCUGUCGAAGUUAGCCCACCUGCUGGACCAGAAGGUUUAAAGGGCUUGAAAAUCCGUCGUAUAUCGGGCGAUUAUGUCCGUUACGAUCGUAUAUGUAAUGAGCUGAUUGCUUGUAUCAGCAUGUAACUAAUCCCCUCCUAUUCCUUUGUGUGUUUGUUUUGUUUGUGUGCGUGUGUGUGUGUGUUUGUGUUUGUGCGUGGUUGGAUGAACAACUCUCCCCAACUAUCCCUACUCCCCAUUGAACGAUAGCCUGGACGCGCUUGCCCUUGCAAUCCAUUCCGAUCGUUAGCAGAAAUUAUGCGUACAACGCAUUGUAUAUUUUGGGUCUGUUUUGUUUGUAUGCGUAUGCGUGCUUCGUCAAAUGUCGUCUCGGAAACCGUGCUAGUCGCAAGCAACCAGUUUGAGUGAGCAAUGUGCGUUACCUACAAUUUUUCUUAUCAUUAUUAUUAUUUUAUUUCAUUUUUUUAAUUUUUCCAGUGAUAUGACAGGACAUUCCCCGUCUUACAUUUCCCACCUUUCUGUUAAGUUUUUAGCAACGCCUUUUUCUCUUUUUAUGGGUUUGCUUUAAGGCAGGUCCUGCAAUUCUCGAUUUUUUUAAUUUUGUCUUUGUUAAUCUUGCCCUGUUGCACGAUAUUCAUGAAUUUCUCUAAUCAGAACUCAUAUUGAGACAGGUCUAUAGACAUUUUACGCAAAGCAUUUAUCUAUUAUAAGCUAAUAGAUUUGCAUCUGUCAAACUUGAGAUAUAUUUUCCCCCUCAUACGUAUCGCUUGACUAAUGAAGCUAGACCUUGUUCUUCCUUCCUUCUCUACUGUACUCUUUCGUAAUCAAUACUUCAUGCACUUCGAACGUCGGGAAAAUCGUUCACCUUCGCACACCGCAUUCCGCCGUCAAUGUGAUUACUCAACAAACAGGAUUCCGUUUGCAAUGCCCCGAAGAGUCUAAUGUCAUUACGUCGUUGUAAACACGUUUCAAGUUAAAAUUACGUCUCUGGGGACGAAGGGUUGGAAAGAGGCAUUUUAUCGUAUAUGACUGUUAAAAUAAAAGAUUUGAUCCGAGAA